AUGAGUGUUGUAUCAGGGGCUAGGCAUGGGCUCACAUACGAGGAAUUGAAGGAGCGCUUUUCCCAUGUGCCACAGACAUGGCUUCAGCAGCUCCUGGCUGUGCUCUCCCAUGUCAGGCAGAGCAGCGGCAACAGCAGCAGCCAGGGCCUCACCAGCCUGUUGGACGCAGGUGCCCUGACAUCCAUCCUUGCGUUGCAAGAUGGAAAGUCAGAGCCAGCGGAGGAAGCUAGCCAUGUGGCACCCUGGCUGCGGCCACACAGCAGCGUGCCAUCUGUCCUGCAGAAGGCUCUCCUCAGAGAGCUCGGCUGGAGCCCCUCUGUGAGAGCGCCUGGGAACCUGCUGCCGCCUGAGCAGUUCAUAAAGCAGCUGCGCUACCAGCGGACAGUGCGGGGCCACCACUUUGCUGUGUACUGCAUCGCUUUUGACCGGAGCGGCCGCCGCAUCAUCACCGGCUCUGAUGACCGCCUGGUCAAGAUCUGGAGCGUGGAGACAGCACUGCUGCUCAUGUCCUGCCGCGGGCACGAGGGGGAGGUCACGGAUCUGGCGCUGAGCUCAGACAAUGGCAUUGUUGCCUCCUCCUCCAACGACACCACCAUCCGUUGCUGGGACAUGACGGAUGGCCAGCUGGGGGUGCCUGUGUCAGUGCUGCUGGGCCACACAGCGCCGGUGACCUUCAUCGAUUUCUGCGCCUGCAUCCCAGACGCGCUGCUGUCCUCCUCCCUGGACGGCACCUGCCGCAUCUGGUCCGCCAGGGAUGGCGGCGCGGCCGUGCACGUGCUCACGGCCGCCCUGCUGUUCGGGCCGACGCGCGGUCUCACGCGCUUCGGCGGCGGCCUGAGCGACUCUGGCCGGCACACCCGUUCGGCCGCUGGCCCCUCCACAGGCGCGCCUUUGGGGGCGGCCGGGCCGUCCGGCUCCAAUGGGCGCGGCGCUUCAACUCCGGCAGGGCCCGGCCCCAGCUCGCUGCGCCUCGCGGCGGCGGCUGCGGCCGCCGCCGCAAACGGAUCUGCGCCUGCGUCUGGGGACGAGUCGCAGCAAGGCUUGCUGCCCCAGAAUGAGACGCCAGGUCUGCUGGUCUGCAGUUUUUCCAAAGAUGCCAGCUACAUUGUGGCUGGAGCCAACGACUGCUGUACAUAUGUGUGGCACUGGGACGUUGGCCACAAAACCCGGCAGAAAAACACGCGGGGGGUUUAUGCGCCUCCAGAUGAUGAUGAUGACACACCAGAGACUGGAGACUUGCUGAAGUGGUUCAGCCACAAUAGCAAGGGCGUCGCCACCGGCGCAAAGGAUGGCAGCGUCAGGAUAUGGAGGAGGCAGCGGAAGGGCCGUGCAAUCAGCAACAUGUGGGUGAACUCCCUGGUGCUGUCGUGCCCAGUGGACGACGCGGCCGCGGCAAAUGCGCGCAGACGGCGGCGAGCGCCCCCCACCAAUUCCAUCAACCAGGUCGCCUGGACCCGCGACGACUCCAUGAUCCUGGCGGCGCUGACGGAUGACAGCGUGCGCGUGUGGGAUGCGUGGGGCGGGCAGCUGCUGCAGCGGCUGGAGGGGCAUGCCGGGCGCGCGCAUGUGCUGGAAUGCCACCCGCUGGACCACCGCCUGGCCAUGUCCGCCGGCUACGACGGCCUCACCAUUAUCUGGGACAUACUCGCCGGCCGUGCCCUUGCCAGGUUCUCGACGCAGGACACGCGGCCGGUGGGGGACCGCUGGUGCGACCCCAUCCAGCUGGUGGACGGCCACUGGUCGGCGGACGGCGCAUCCGUAGUGGUGGCGGACGUGGCGGGGCAGUGGCACCUGUACAGCUGCGGCAACUUCUCCUUCCCCGCGCGCGCCCUCUACGACCACUUCCUCUCCGGCGACUAUGCUCCCCUCGUGCGCGAUGCCAACCAGUUUGUGCUCGAUGUCGACUCGCAGCAGCCGCCGCACAUCAGCCAGCACAAUGACACGUUGGUGGAUUUCCUGGGGGAGCCGUACCCGCCCAGCAUCCAGGCGGCGCGGCGAGAGGGCCGGCUGGGGCGCAUGUCGGAGGCGGAGGUGGCCGUGGAUCUGCGCGCGCAGCCGGGCAUGCUGCCCAACGCCCUCAUCCAAGCCGGCCCCACCCUCACCGCCGCUGCCUGGCAGAGCCAGGAAGCGGGAGGCUCAGAGGAGGAGAUUCAGCUGGCGGUGGCGCGGGCGCAUGAGCGCAUGCUGCAGGCCGAGCUUGUGGAGUCACAGGUGCCAGCAGCGCAGGCCGGCCCCUCCGAGCCACAGCAGCAGCAGCAGCCGGCGCGCGCCGGCCGCGCCCCGCCGGACGGCAGCCGCGCCGCCAGCUCGCGGCAGGCCGAGCAGGUCAGGGCGCUCAACCGGCUGGAGGACGAUGCGGACUCGCUGAAUGACUUUGCCUUCACCAGCGAUGAGGACAGCGACGGGUGGCUCCAUGCGGAGGCGCGGCCCACAAGAGCCUCUGCACGCCAGCAGGCUCGCCAGCUACGCAGCAGGAACCGGGGGGGCGGAGAGGCGGGUGAGCAUGAGGAGAGCGAGGACAACAGGGAGCGGCGGGCAACGCGGCGCGCGGAGAUGCGCGAGCGGAGGCAGGUGGAGCUGAUGAUGGAAGAGGGCUCCGCGCGGCCGUCGCGCGCCAGCAAACGGCCGCGCCGGGGCGCCACAGCGGACGUUGCCGAUGAGGCCCCCGGCACCAGCGGGUCGGAGUACAGCUCUGGCGAGGAAGAGGACAACGCCAGCGAGGGCGGCAGCGGGCCCGGGACGCGGAGGCUGCUGCGGAGGCGGACGGGUGCGGCGCCGGGCGGAUCGCAGCGGCAGCGCGAGCGUGAGAGGGAGCGGGAGCGGCAGGAGUCGCGCCGGCGGCAGCGGGAGGCGCGGCUGCAGAAUCGCAACCGCAGCCGGCUGCGCGCGCAGGCCGUGCAUGCCGAGGGCGCCGCCGCUGAGGGCCGCUCCUUCAAGGCGUACUCCUGGCUCCAGGUCCUGGCCCAGACGCCAGGCGUGUAUGUGCCGCAGCUGGGCGACGACGUGGUGUACCUGCAGCAUGGGCACCGCUUGUACUUUGAGAAGAUGAACGACAAGCGCCGCGGCCCCUGGGACACAGUCGUCUCCACCGCCGCGGGCAGUCGGGGGGCGCGGAUGCGGCAGGCGGAGCCGGCGCGCGUGGUGGCGUUGCGGUACGAGAUCAGUGCCGACGCGCACCACGACACGAUGGCAGUGCUGCGGCUGGCGCUGACGGACGAGGGGUCGCCGCUGGCCGGACGCGAGUUCGAGCUGGAGAUGCCGCCGCCGCACCACGGGCAGGCCGAGUUCAUCGUCCUGCGCUCGCGCUUCGACGUCUCCGUGCAGCGCGACUGGCACGAGCUCGACAAGUGCCAGGUGUACUAUCCGGAUGAGGAGCCGGGGCGGGGGCAGUGGUGGUCGGGGCAGGUGGUGUGUGACCAGCAGGAAUUCCUGGGGCCUGAUGAGGCGCGCCAGCUGCUGGAGAACCCUUGGGGCAGCGAGAGCCUCUGGGAGCGCUUCACCAUCCACUGGGACGAGCCUGUGGGAGCGGACCCGUCGCAGCAGAGCCCCUGGGAGAUGUUCAACGAGGACGUGCAGCCAGAGGAGGUGCUGGCGGAGGCACCGGCGCUGGAGCCCAGCCUGCAGCAGCGCGCUCAAGCCGCCCUGGAGCGCCUCUCGCGCGCCCCACGCUUCCAGCUGUUCGCUGAGACACCCACGCCCGACGCCGUCUACAGCACCGGCGAUGGCGGUGAGUCCCUGAAGUGCCGCCACGCCAACAGCAAUGACACGCCGGUGUGGUACACUGCGGUGGUUCCCCUGCCGCUGGCCAUUCCUGACGUGCUGGAGCGGGUGAAGAGCGGCUACUACCGGCAGCCGCAGGCGCUGCAGCACGAUGCGCGCACCAUCUCUUCCAAUGCCGUGCUCUUCAACGGGGAGGGCUCCGAGGUCGCUCAACUUGCAGAGGAGCUGGCCGGGUGCAUCAUUGCGGCAGUGCAAGGGCAGGAGGUAGUCAUCAAUGAGGCCACAGGGGUGGAUGAUGACGAUGAUGAUGAGGAGGUGGAGAUUUCAGAGGACGAAGAUGGCCAAGAUGACGAGGACAGCGCAGGCUUUCACCACUUUGCCAGGCGGCCGCGUAGCCUGCGCAGACGCGGGCACAACAACGCACUCGGCGCCAUUGAGGCCACAUCAGAUGAUGAGGACGAUGAGGAGGAGGCGGCUCCUUCGAGGCACACCAGGCGCCGGUCCUUGCACAGGCAUGCUGGCACACUGGACCACAGAGAGGCCAACGGCAUUCCUCUAGGCGGUCACAGCAGGUUCCCCUCGCGGCUGCGCCAGAUGGUCAGCAGGUACUCGCCCGAAGCAGACGGCGCAGCUUUCUCACACAGGCACACCCGGCGGCUAGACAGGGACGGGCACCAUUCCGCACCCGCCCACGGCCAGGACGCACGCAGCGUACGAUGGGGCCUGCGCUCCCGGGAGCCGGCAACCGCUGGCGCCAGUGGCAGCGACGAUGCAGCGGCGGCUAGCGCACCGGGCAGAUUUCCGGUGGUGCGCCUGCGCGUGAGCAGCCGGGUCCACGGCCUGGAAUCGCCGCCCAUCGGGCAGCUGCUGAGGUCCGCCCCACCGCCGCCGCUGCCGCCCCCAGCCUCCGCCGACGGGCCGGCCCGGCCACCCCGGCGCGCCGCCGCAGCAGCCGCUGCGCAGCCGCCGCCGGCGGCCGCCAGCCCCGAGCCGGAGGCGAGCCGCCGUUCCAUCUCGAGGCACUCCCUGCGCAGCGGCCGGGAGCUGUCUGCGCCCAUCCUUCCGAACGGAUUGGCGGCAGGGGAACUAAUGGGCACGCCCGACCGUGGCGCACCGGCGGAGGACGGCGCGCUGCCGUCUCCGGCGCGCAGUACGCGGCGGCGUGCGGCGUCCACGACGCCAGUGCUCCCGUGCAGAGGCGGCGGCGGCGCGGCUCUUGAGAAUGGCGAUGCAGUUGCGGCAGCCAGCGGGAGAUGGCCCAGGCGGCAGGGCACCAGGUCGGCGGAGAAGAAGGCUGAUCACAGCGAGGAGGAUCAGGAUGACGACAGGGGGCCCGGCCAGGGGAGGCUGAAAAGGGGCCGGCAGCGCAGCCUGGAAGAGCUUCAGAAGGCAGAGGGCAGCGCGGGUGGGCCGCAGCAGGACCCAGGCGAGGGUGCAGAGGAGUCACAGAACCUGCCCGGCAGGGCAAGUUCCGGGCUCCGCUUUAGAUUCACCCGCAAUGGGGUGUCGCUCUGA